AUGCGUCUUUCUGCAGCACUGUACUCCCCAACUCACCCCUGGCUUGCAUGCUUGAAAUCAGCACAGUUGCAACGCAUCGCGCGCGCAACAGGCAUCCAGUCAUCCGGUACGAAGGGUGUUCUUACUGAGCGCAUUGCGGCAGAGUUAGCGUUGCAGUUACAGUCAGAUUGUGUUGCAGAUGGGAUUGGCAUUUCAAGUUCCAGUACCAGAUCGAGUCAAGAUCGACAUGAGAGCUCACGGUUGCGCGGUUCGAGAAACAUAUCCAAGACGGAAGCUGAAGAGCCAAGAUCUGAUGCAACAUGGAGUAUUCUGAGUAUCGAUAUGGGGGUGCAGAAUCUUGCGUUUGCGCAUUUGAUCGUUCCUCGCUUGAGUGAUGCGGUAGAUGUGGAGAAUUUGCCAAUUCCCAAGUUAACGGCGUGGCAUAGACUUGCUGUUUCGGAGAUUUCGAGUUUGAAUUUGAUCCCUGGGGAUGGCAAUGGUGUAACACAUGUGGAGGUGGAAUUGGGAUCUGGCGAUGGUUCAGACGCAUCUAAAGAGAUUAUUCCAAUCACAGGAGAUACCGGGAGCAAAUUGCUCGCCAAAGCUGCCAAAUCUACCACAAAAGAAAAAGAAUCGUUCUCUCCAGAUCUCUAUGCUGCAAAUGCCUAUACCUUAAUAUCAUCCCUCCUAGCCGCCUACCGUCCCACUCAUGUGUUAAUCGAGCGCCAGCGCUUCCGUUCCGGCGGCGGCAGUGCAGUCCAGGAAUGGACGCUGCGGGUUGGUGUGUUGGAAGGCAUGUUCCAUGCAGUUCUCCAUACGCUGCGACAGGAGCGGGGCGGAGAUAUUGCGGAUUUGAUGGUUCGCGGUGUGGAGCCUAAGCGGGUGGUCAGAUAUUGGCUUGAGAAUGGGACAUCGGCUGCAGCAAAGGAGACGGAGCCCAAGGCAAAAGAGAAAAGACCGAGCGCACAGGAAGUCAAGAAGGCAAAGAUCAAUCUUGUUGGAGGGUGGCUUUCUACCGCGAUGCAGGCCGUAGAUACCCCUUCAGACAUGGAUGCCAGCUCCAGACGAUUGGUGUCGGGCAUUGCUGGGGAAAAGAAGAUUGAGCUUGCGGACAAAUCCGAGUGUCCUGUUCUGCAUCGCGUUGCGAGUGCGUAUAUGCAGAAGUGGCAGGGCAAGAGACAAACAAUAAAGGGGAAGGGAGAUCGUGCUUCAAAGAGUAGCUCUUCGUUACAACCUUCGUCUUCUCGGUCUGCUUUGGAGGAUGAGGUGGCUGCUGUCGAUCUGGGGAAAUUGGAUGAUCUGGCUGAUUGUUUGUUACAAGGCGUGACGUGGGUCGAAUGGCAGAUUAUGCGGAAGCGGAUUGCAAGAGAAGGGAUCGAGGCGCUGGACCCGAUGCCGUGA